AUGGCGCGCCUGGUGAUCAGUAUCGACUUUGGAACCACUUUCUCCGGCGUCGCAGCCGCUUUCACUCCACACCGCGUGUCCGUCGUUCAGCAGUGGCCGGCGACGUCCAACUACAACUCCGACAGUGUCAAGGUCCCCUCUGCGAUCCGAUACACGAAGCUCGGCGUGCGGCACGUGCCGACCAGUUGGGGAUUUCAGGUACCCGGCGACAGCGGCGACUAUGACGACGACGAGCAAGGCGAAGGCACUUCGGUUAGAUGGUUCAAGUUGCUGCUUCCCACGGACGAGGAAGUCCCCGUUCAUCUGAGGCAGUCAGACCAUCUUCAGAAAGCCAGAGACUCACUUGUCUUGCUCGGCAAGGAUGAGGUCACUGUGGUCGCUGACUUUUUGAGGCCCCUGUGGGAACACGCUCUACUGCAGGUAGCGGCAUUGUUAAGCCAACUACGUGUGGAAACUGCUCCUUUCCACGUGGUUAUCACCGUUCCUGCCAUCUACAAGGAUGACGCCUGCGAAAGGAUGAGGAAAGCAGUCGUGAAAGCUGGCAUCCUCGAAGACCGCGAAGCUGGUAAGAUGACUGUGUUGUUUGUCUCCGAACUAGAGGCGGCUGCUUCUCAUACCCUUCUCGACAUACUUAAGCCCGACAAUCUAUUGAAGGACAUUAUUAGCUACGUGAUCACGCAGGUAGAACCAGUGGUGCAAUUCCAGGAGUAUGUGGAGGGAACCGGUGGAUUGUAUGGUGGCCAUAAUGUCGACCAGGCUUUCCGCGCGCACAUGCGGGAGCGCUUCAAGACUUGUCCAACACGAUUUCGCGCGAAGGACAUUCGAACAAUGCUCAACGACAACUGGGAGCAUGGAAUCAAACGCCGCUACUACGGUCCCGACUUCCUCCCCACCGUGACCGUGGCUGGUCACGAUUUCCAUCUCAACGAGCGUCAGGUUGAGGGUUUUUUCACGACUGUGUUCGAAGGGAUCUCCAAUCUGCUGAAGGGACAGAUCGAGAGUAUCAAUAUCAAGAGGCAGAACGACAAGGGACCAGAUCACGUUAUUCUCAGCGUCGGAUUCGGUCGAUGCAAGCGCCUCCACAAUCACCUUCUCAAGUUGAAGCCUGGUAUCAAUAUCAUACAACCGAGCAGAACAGGCCCCCAGGAAGCUGUUUGCCGAGGUGCUGCGCUGACAGGCGCCUUGAAUCUCUCCACGGCAGGCCUCCCAGAGAAUCAGCGCCCGAAAGUAGUCGGUCGUAUCGCCCGACGAAGCUAUGGCGUAGUAGCAUACGAGCUUUACGAUCCCAAGAUUCAUUCCCACAAGGACCGUGUGUUCCACAACACCGAGCAAGAUUAUGUGUUCUACUUCAAAUUCGAUCCUGUUGUCCGCGGCGAGAAAGGAGACGACUCCUAUGCCCCCGAAGACGACGGUCCCCUGGACCUUCCGUUCCAAGUGGAAGAAGCUCUGUACGCAUCUGACUGCCCGAACCCGCCGUCUAUGCUCGAUUUAAAGGGAGGGAAGAUGGAUCAGAUAGGAGCGCUUCGAAUUAGCACCAAGGUGCCGAUUCCUGACCUACCCAAAGAACGUAACGAAGUAGACGGGGAGAAGGUUCCGGUCUACGCCUAUUACUGGUGCAUUGAAGUCACUGGAGACUCUAUUGUCGCCUACAACUUGAGAGGGGAGAAGAUUGGAGAGUUCGUGAUCGAGACGGAGCCGGCACGUUGA